GGACUGCUCUGAGAGAAGCUGCCAAUCUUUCUGGAUUUGAUUCGAUGUCAUCAAGCCCGAGUCUGAACUUGUAAAAAAAGUUGUCAAAGAUGUUUUGAUGAAAUUGGGGGAUGACUCUCCUUUAAUCGGUAAGGACCUAGUUGGAGUAGAUUCAAGAAUCAAGGAUAUUGAAGGGCUAUUACGCAUUGGGUUUCCUGGUGUUCGCAAGAUAGGAAUUUGGGGUGCUGGUGGAAUAGGGAAGACUACUCUUGCCAAGGCUGUAGUCAAUAAAAUCUCUAAAAAUGGACAUUUUGAAAGCAAGCACUUCUUUGAAAAUAUUAGAGAAGAAUCAGAGAAAAGCAAGGGACGAACUGGGUUGCAGCGACAAAUUAUUUGUGAAAUUUUAAGGGAUGAAGAUGCUAAUAUAGGAUCCACCUCCACCAUAAGAAGGCUUCGCCAUACGAAAGUUCUCAUUGUGUUAGAUGAUGUGACAAAUUUAAACCAAAUAGAACUUUUAAUUGGAGAUUUUAAGUACUUGGGUUUAGGAAGUCGAAUUAUCAUAACGACGAGGGACAAACACGUAUUAAAAAAAUGUCACGUAGAUGGCAUAUACGAGACUAAAAUAUUAUCUUAUUUUGCAGCUCACCAAUUGUUUAGUCGACAUGCUUUUAAAGAUUGUCCACCAAAAGAUUUUAUGAUGCUAACUGAAAGGGUGUUAUCAUAUGCUAAUGGUGUUCCACUUGCUCUUAAAGUUUUAGGUUCCUCUCUAUUUGAGAGGACAAAGAAAGAAUGGGAAAGCUAUAUAAAAAGAUUAAGCAGAAUUCCUGAUAAGAAUAUCCAAGAGGUAUUAAAAGUAAGUUAUGAUGGGCUAAAUGAUGAAGAGCAGAAGGUAUUUUUGGAUAUUGCUUGUUUCUUUAAAGGGUAUGAUAGAGAUCUUAUAGAAGUAUAA